GUAGAGGAGGAGAAGGAGAAGCGGCCGCGAGGCGCCGAGCGCCGCCGAGCGAGUGGAGCGAACCCCGGGCCUCCCUCAGCCGCGGCCGUUGCGGAGCGCCCUGCCUACGGCCCCAACAUGGACGAAGAGGGCGGCGGAGGUGGCGGCGUGCCUGAUGACCUCUCCAUAGAAGAAAGAGAAGAGCUUUUAAAUAUUCGUCGCAGGAAAAAAGAACUGAUUGAUGAUAUUGAGAGAUUAAAGUUUGAAAUUGCUGAGGUUAUGACAGAAAUUGAUAAUCUGACUAGUGUAGAAGAAAGCAAAACUACACAAAGAAAUAAGCAAAUAGCCAUGGGAAGGAAGAAAUUCAACAUGGACCCUAAGAAGGGAAUACAGUUUCUGAUAGAAAAUGACCUCCUGCAGAACACUGCAGAAGACAUUGCACAGUUCCUUUAUAAAGGAGAAGGAUUAAAUAAAACGGUAAUUGGAGAUUACCUCGGUGAAAGAGAUGAAUUUAAUAUUAAAGUUCUUCAGGCUUUUGUUGAACUCCAUGAGUUCGCUGAUCUCAAUCUUGUACAAGCCUUAAGGCAGUUUCUGUGGAGCUUCAGACUCCCAGGAGAGGCUCAAAAAAUUGAUCGUAUGAUGGAAGCUUUUGCUUCACGCUAUUGCCUUUGUAACCCAGGAGUCUUCCAGUCUACAGAUACAUGCUAUGUGCUUUCAUUUGCGAUCAUUAUGUUAAAUACCAGUCUGCACAACCACAAUGUAAGAGAUAAACCAACAGUAGAGAGGUUUAUUUCUAUGAAUCGUGGAAUUAAUGAAGGUGGAGACCUUCCAGAAGAAUUACUACGGAAUUUAUAUGAAAGUAUUAAGAAUGAGCCGUUUAAAAUUCCAGAGGAUGAUGGAAAUGAUCUAACGCAUACAUUUUUUAAUCCAGAUAGAGAAGGUUGGCUGCUGAAAUUAGGGGGAAGAGUAAAAACGUGGAAACGGAGAUGGUUUAUUCUGACUGAUAAUUGCCUGUAUUACUUUGAAUACACAACAGACAAAGAACCUAGAGGAAUUAUUCCGUUAGAAAAUCUUAGCAUAAGAGAAGUUGAAGACCCUAGAAAACCAAACUGCUUUGAGCUCUAUAACCCCAGUCAUAAAGGUCAAGUAAUUAAAGCAUGUAAAACUGAAGCUGAUGGUAGAGUGGUGGAAGGCAACCAUGUAGUGUAUAGAAUAUCUGCUCCCACCCCAGAAGAAAAGGAAGAGUGGAUUAAAUCUAUCAAAGCAAGUAUCAGCAGGGAUCCCUUUUAUGAUAUGCUGGCAACAAGGAAACGAAGAAUUGCAAAUAAGAAAUAGAACAUGAUCAGCAACUUGUAUACCUGCAUCAACCUAUAAAUGAGCAUACAGUUGAGUGAUAAUGUAAAAAUUGGACAAAGUAAAUGAAGACAAUAACUGUAGAUUUUAUAUAUAUACACUUUACUAUGGCAUAAAAACUUGGCAAGACCUUUCAGGGUAAAUAGUUUUUGGCAUGUAAUUUGAAGUAAGCUUCAAAUCCCAGAGGGUGAUUAUAUUGGAACUUAAUUCAACUGAAAACAUGGAAGCCUUGUUUUCACUUAUAUUAGUUACAACUCCAGUUUACUUGGGUUGGGAGGGAAGGAAGUCGAGGCUAAUAGUAAAAUGUCCUUUACCUGUUAUUCGAGCACAUUUCCCAUAAAAGGAGGAGUGAUUAUAAGACUUUCAUCUCUCACUAAAAUGCAGCACCAAAAGUGGAGUACAGCAUGACCUAGCACUUAGUUUUUCUGUAAGCAGAAAACCACAAUCUCAGUAUCAGUUUUCAAGUCUUGUGUGUUUCACAGUAAAUGAACAGCUGAGUGCAGCUUUCAUUUAGGAUUUGCUCUCCUACCUUUAUGGAAAUAGCUUUUCUUCUUCUUCAGAAAUGCAACUCAGUGGUAGACUGGCAGCUACGUAGUUAACUAGUUGUGCCAAAGGGUUUGGUUGAUAUGCACUGAAAUAUAUGCAGGUCCCAACAGCAAAGGUUUGAGUCUGUAGACAUGACACUAAUUACAGAUGUGGUUUGAUUAUUUGCCAGUAGGCUAAAACUCAUUCCUGUCUGCUCAUACACUCUCAAUAAGCAGUAGGAUUUAAUGACUGGUUUAAUCUGCUUUUUAUAUAGUAACAUCCUUCUUAUGUUUUAGAUAUGUUGUAGUUUAAUUAACACUAAGUUACUACUAAAGGAGUAAGAUGACAGGGCUCGCAUGAGUUUAGGCUUUGCAUGUGAAAACACCCCCAAAUAAUUUCACAUGCAUUUAAUGUGUUUAAAGGGAAAAACCAGGAAGGUGAAAUCUUUCUGUAAGAUACAGCCCUAGAUGGUUAAGCAAGCAGGAUUCAUUCCUUUGCUUGAUAACAAACUUUGGACAUACAGAAAAGUUCAGUGUUUUUAUUACAUUCUUAAAGGCGAUUUUUCAGAUCUGUGCUUCAGCAGUUGAAAUUGAAAAAAUGAAUAGACAUCCUUAUUUUUGCUUAAAAAUUAAGAUCUUACACAUCGAUUACCUAGUGCAACUAAACUCCUCCACAAGCAUGUCUCUUUUUUUUCUUUUUUUUUUUUCUGUAAAUUGUGGAAGAUCUUUCUGUGGUCCUACAGAUAGUCUUUCAGUAAUGCGUAAACUGCUAUGGUGGAUUUUACUACAAUGCUUUUCUAUUGAUAGCGCACCUACCAUUCUUAAGGUAAAGCCCCUAAUUCCAGAAUGGGGGCAAAAAGUGGUUUUUUGGACCCUAUUGCUUCUGUUAGUACUCAGCUUUUCACAAACUUGUCGAACCUGAGCCAUGCCUACUGUGCCAAUGAAUGCUUUGAGACCCAGUACUUUGUCAAGGUAGUUUUGCUUGUUGGAGUUACAGAAGUAUCUCUGGAUACGUUAUAGGGAAAUGUGCUGCCCUUGCAAAACCACAGACUAAGUUGAUCUGUUUCAAACCUCCUUUUAACUGUAAGGGAGAGUCUGUUUCAUUGUUCCGUCUUACUAAUUUGCCUAGUUUUGCAUGGGGUGUCAGCCUGUGAAUGUUUUGCUUUACUGCAUGUUUGCAAGAAAGGCCGAGAGGAAAAGAACAAAGUAAACUUUUUUACACCUUAAAUUUUCCCCAGAGUGUGUGGAAUUGCAGUCUACUUGGAUGAAUGUUCAAAUCCGAGUACUUUCAAGGGAGUAAAACUCAAGCAAAGGAGGUAGAAUCCUUGAAUAAGUAUCAGUGUGGAGAUAUCUUUGCUUAAUGGAACACACUUAAACUCUUUAUAGAAACUACUUAAGUUGUAUGUCCUAUGUUUGCAAAGCAGCAUGAUUAUAGAGCUGCUAACAUCACUUGUUUUGAGUCUUCUGUUCCGCAACAUCAAGUUUUGUUUCCAAGCAAUGCAUACAUACAUCAGUUUUAGCUUUGGACAAGUAGAUUUGUAAUGCUAAUAGUGGUAAGCCAGAAUCAGUGGUACUAAUGAGCAUAAAGGUGAAAAGCAGCAAAGAAAGUAUUUCUGGAGAAAUGUGAGAUUACAAAAGCAUUAAUAGGCCAUGAAGCACUUUUGUAUCAAUUCUUAUCUUCUGAAAUAUCACCUUCAAGAAAAUCUAUUUAUUUAACCAGGUGAGGAUGUCUGCCUAUAAGCAUGAAGGAAAUGCCUUGAGAGUUCACUUGCUGUAUUUAGUUUGAGGUUCUUAUAUCCAGCAGAAAUAACUAUUUAGAGUAACAUGUAACUGAGGAUAUUAUAGCAGGAGAUAUAUUAUUUCUUAGCAUUAAAAUGCGACAUCUUAAACAGCUAUUUGUGGUGCUCAAUAUAUCUAUUUAAUUUACCAAAGUGAAUGGAAUAGCAUUCUUGUGUGUGAUAUUUGAUUUCAAAUGUUCUUUGUAACAGUAUUAACAGGCAGUGAAACUGGCCCAAAAUUUCCACUGGCCACGAGGCCAGUAAAACAAAGUGGCUUGUGAAAAUUUUGGCCAAAUCAGGUACUAUCCACAAAGGUUAAGAAAAAACUCUCAACCUUUCCCUUCUUAUUGGGCUUCAAGUCCAGCGGUAGCUACUAAGACUAGCUGCUAGGUGGCCUAAAGCAGUAUCUGUUAUGGUUUGGCCAUGCUGAGGAAAAGUCCUCUGGGGUCAACAGACGUCUCCCUUCCUGUUGCACUGAAACUUGCGUAAUUCUUCAGCUCUUUAACAUUGCCCUUUACAGGGGCCAGCAAGAGCCAAUACUGCUGCUGCCACGUGCAUGGCUUCGCUCAGCGUCUAAACCAUUUGGCCACUAAUACCAGCCACGUUGCCAGUGCAAUCUAGGGAGAGAACUGUAUAUAAUACUUAAGCUCAGCUGGACUGACUUAAAUUUUACAAUAUUCUGACAAAAUAAGCUCUACGACACUUAACAUUUUGAACUGUUUUAAACUGGUACAAAACUGAACCUUUGUAAACUGAGCAGCAUUUAUAAUGCUUCAUAUAUAAAAACAAUGCAUAUUUUUAAAAUUUAUUACAUAUCUAUGUAGAUAUGCUUGCUGGAAAAGCUAGGUCUGUUGUAGACCAAAUGCUACAAAUUAAGACUUGUGGCUUACCAGUUUCCUUUCUAUAUUUUCUUGGAAAAUGUUUCUAGCUAGAGUUUAAAUAAAAAAUGUAAAUACUGUACAGAUAUGUAUUGAUGAAAGUAUUACUUGAUGUACACAAGUGAUUUGCAUGACAAAUACUCUGUAUCAAUCAUUGUUAAAAAUGUGAUGUUCUAUGUAAAUCCACUGCAAUAUUAAUGUUUUCAGUUAUCAUUAAGACCUGUUGCUUAAAUCUGGAGAUUUUCUCAAAAAUAAAGUGUGAAACUAUA